AUGCUGCCUCUUCCGCCACUUGCCGACGAUGUUCUCGACUUUAUCGGGAACACCCCCAUGAUCAAAUUAAACAAAAUCCCCCAGUCCUACGGCAUCAAGGCCAAGGUGUACGCCAAGGUUGAGUUGUUCAAUGCUGGAGGUUCCAUCAAGGACAGAAUCGCCAAGAACAUGGUUUUGGAGGCUGAGAAGCAGGGCAGAAUCAAGCCAGGCUACACCUUGAUUGAGCCAACCUCGGGUAACACCGGUAUCGGUUUGGCCCUCGUUGGUGCUGUCAGAGGCUACAGAACCAUCAUCACCUUGCCUGAGAAGAUGUCCAACGAGAAGGUUUCCGUCUUGAAGGCAUUGGGUGCCGAGAUUAUUAGAACCCCUACUGAGGCCGCCUGGGACUCUCCAGAGUCUCACAUUGGUGUGGCUCAGAAGUUGGAGAAGGAGCUUCCUAACGCUGUCAUCUUGGACCAGUACGGUAACGAGGCCAACCCUAGAGCCCACUACUACGGUACUGGUUAUGAGGUUUGGGAGCAGACCGAGGGUAAAAUCACUCACUUGGUUGCUGGUGCCGGUACCGGUGGUACCAUCACUGGUAUUUCUCAGUACUUGAAGGAGAAGAACCCUAACGUCAGAAUCGUUGCCGCUGACCCCAAGGGUUCCAUUUUGGCCCAGCCAGAGACUUUGAACACCUCCUCCGACGGCUACCUCGUUGAAGGUAUCGGUUACGAUUUCAUUCCAGAUGUGUUGAACAGAACUCGUGUGGACCACUGGAUCAAGACUGACGACGCUGAGUCGUUCAAAUUGGCUAGAAGAAUUAUUAGAGAGGAGGGUAUCCUUGUUGGUGGCUCGUCCGGUUCUGCUUUGCAGGCUGCCCUCGAGGUUGCCAAGGACUUGACUGAGGACGACACCGUUGUGGUUGUUUUCCCAGACUCCAUCAGAUCCUAUUUGUCCAAGUUUGCUGAUGACGAGUGGAUGAAGAUCAACGGUUUUGAGGUUGACGAGACCAACACCGCUGCCAACAAGACCGACGACUUUUUGCACAACAAGACCAUUGCUGACCUUGUUUCUGGUAAGCCACCUGUGGUCACCGUCACCUUGGCUGACACCGUGGGCAAGACGUUCGAGUUGCUUAAAUCCAACGGCUUUGACCAGUUGCCCGUCUUGAGUUCUACCGGCAAGUUGAUUGGUCUUGUCACUUUGUCCAAGAUUUUGAAGUCUCUCUCGACGAAGAAGGUCCAGAUGACCAACUCUAUCAGAGGCAUCUUCUUGGACUUCCGUAAGUUGGCCGACUUUGAGAAGUCCUUCAGUAUCAACAAGGAGUCCGGCUUCACCAAGAAGUCCUACGAGCCUAUCACCAUGAGCACUCCACUCGCUCUCUUGAACAAGUUCUUCGAGACCCACUCCAACGCCAUCAUCACCGACGACGAGUUGAAGCCCGUGCAGAUCGUCACCAAGGUCGACUUGCUCUCAUUUUUGGCCAAAAACGCUUCCUACUAA